AUGGCGACCUUGAGCUGCCAGUUUCAUCUUGCUAUCCAUCGACUUCCUUGCAAUGCCAGAGUUAGGCCUUCCUUCUCUUGCUCAGUGCAACCCUCUCAAAGCAAUAUUAAGGUAGUGGUUCAAUACCUGCACAAAAAAUUUUCUGCGUUACUAUUCAUGGUGAUUAAGAAGUUGUUUGUUCCCAAUUUGGGGAAACAGGUUGUUAUAAAUGGAGCAGCAAAGGAAAUAGGAAGGGCUGCAGUAAUUGCAGUGACUAAAGCUAGAGGAAUGGAGGUGGCCGGUGCAGUGGAUUCCUAUUGUGUGGGAGAAGAUAUAGGAAAGGUGUGUGAUAUGGAAGAGCCUCUAGAAAUUCCUAUCGUGAAUGAUCUCACUAUGGUUUUAGGUUCGAUAUCUCAGUCAAAAGAGACAGGAGUCGUUGUUGAUUUCACUAAGCCUUCAGCAGUUUAUGACAACGUAAAACAGGCAACAGCAUUUGGUCUGAGAAGUGUGGUUUAUGUGCCUCGGAUUACGGUUGACACAAUAUCAGCAUUAUCUGCAUUUUGCGAGAAAGCCAGCAUGGGUUGCCUAGUUGCACCAACUCUGUCUAUAGGAUCUAUUCUCCUCCAGCAAGCUGCCAUUUCAGCUUCUUUCCACUACAACAAUGUAGAAAUUGUUGAAUCAAGGGCGCAUGCAACAGAUCUUCCCUCACCAGAUGCCAUCCAGAUUGCCAACAACCUCUCCAACCUUGGUCAGAUCUACAACAGAGAAGACCUUUCAACAGAUGUUUCGGCAAGGGGUCAAGUCCUAGGUGAAGACGGUGUACGUGUUCAUAGCAUGGUCCUUCCUGGGCUUCCAUCUAGUACAACAGUUUACUUCUCUGGACCAGGAGAGUGCUUAACCGCUGGCCACAGGUCUACACCAUCAAACAUGAUAUCACAGAUGUGCAGUGCCUCAUGCCAGGCUUACUCUUGGCUAUUAGAAAGGUUGCCCGACUCAAGCAUCUAGUGUAUGGCCUGGAGAAAUUUCUGUAGAACCCCAUUAUUCUUCAAGCUCCUUGGUGUAUAACAAGAUACUUCACAGAUCCAGUGAAGAAUCAGUUUCAUCGAAAUAUUUUAUGAAAGGAAAGGUGUAUGGCCAAGAGAAAGUUCUGUAGGAUCCCAUUAUUCUUCAAGUUCCUUCUUGUAUGACUUCAGAUUUUUGGCAGGUCCAGUGAGAAUCAUUUUCAUCCUGCAAACAAAUAAUUCGUGAAAGGAAUGGAUUUCCUCCUUCUGAAAGAUACAUCUAUAAUAAGUUAAGAACAGCAAACAAAAAUGUCAUGCAUUUACAUUUCUUUGAUAUAAAACCACUGUAAUUUGAUCAAUGCUUCAAAAUUUUGGGAUGUUCACUUCAAAAUUAAGGCAUGAAAAGCAAUUUUGUCAAGGUACUAUAUAUUGAUGACACGCCGAUUUUCUCA